CGUUUAUGCGACGGCGCGACGAGCACCCAUUCCCUUCCGAAGAUGGCGGCUGCGAGGUGCUUGUGGAAAACGUGGAAUUAUCCUGUGGCGUUUAGGGGCCUGGCUACUGUCAUACCCAAGGUCUCACAAGUAGAUAAUUCUUCCGAUUUCUUGGGCAAAAUUCCACAUCGCCAGCACCCGGGCAUCCUCCAUCUCAAAAAUGUUAGGCUUCCUCCUGAACUGGUAGAAGUAGCUCACUUUCUGGUAACCGAAUCCUCCAUGCGGAAUCUGGAGCAACAAACCAAGGCCCUCACCAACUACCUGUGGAGCCGCAAACGCCCCCUGGAGGCUGCAGAUCUGCGCAGGAAGGCUCAUGAAUUGGAGCAGAAAUUUCGGGAGAAGGGAAAUGCAACAGGCCCUCUGGAUGAGGAAGCCGAGGCAAAGCUGCAGAAAAAGGUCUUGAAUGCCCUCCGUAAAGCAACUUACCACUGGGAAGAGCUGAAGUACACUGAAGAGCUCAGCUUUAUAUACAUGGCAGCCCGGAUGGAUGGGGUUUUUGCAGCUGUGACCCGAGCUUUCCAUGAAAUCCAGAAGAGAGUCUCCGACUUUGAGCCGCGCACCCUGUUGGAUUUCGGCUCAGGAACGGGCGCUGUCACCUGGGCAGCACACGGCAUCUGGGGAAAGAGUAUCAACGAGUACAUGAACAUCGAUAGUUCGGCUUCAAUGUUAGCCUUAGCUGAGAGGCUGAUGAAAGGCAUUUCUGAGGACAAGAAUCUCUGCAUCCCAGGAGUCUACUUUCGGCAGUUCCUCCCCGUCUCACCAAAGGUGAAAUUUGACCUUGUGGUUUCUGCUUUCUCACUCAACGAACUCCAAAGUUAUGCUCAGAGAGUGGAGACAUUGCAGACACUCUGGAGAAAGACAGGUGGCUUUUUGGUUCUGGUAGAGAACGGGACCAAAGAAGGACACCAGAUGCUCAUGGAAGCCCGGGAUCUUAUAUUAAAGGGCACAGAUGAAGUGGUUCAUGAUCCCACAGAGCCUUCCGUUUUUGCCCCGUGUCCGCACCAUUUGCCAUGCCCUCGUUUGUCGGCUGACCGUUUCCUGCCAUGUAACUUCACCCAGACGUAUUUCCCGCUGCCUUUCACUUGGAACCCACCAAAGAAGGAGGAGAAAUUCUCAUACCUGAUCCUACGCAGAGGAUCAGGGGAACAGGAGCAACCCUGGCCUCGGAUCACAAAGCCUGUCCUUUGUCGUACCCACCAUGUCCACGUCCACCUGUGCUGUCCCGACGGCAGCCUUCAGCACGCAGUGAUUACUUCAAAGAAACACAGCAGGGAUCUUUACAGAUGUGCCCGGAACUGUAACAGUGGAGACCGCCUCCCUGUUUCGAACCUUGAUAGCGAGCCAGACUCAGGAGAAGACAGAGGCGACACAGAUGAAGAUCACAGUUGAUGGGAGCUCUCUACAGCCACCCUCCUCACCCCCAGCGUAUACCACAUCCUCUAAGAGGCAACUUGCAUCAGAUUGGCUUACAAAUGCUGGAUGGCUUUCCAGAAUCCAUGAGCUGGUUGGAUAAACUGGUGCCGCAAAUCACAUUUCCAGGCCUUCCUGGCCUGGUGGGGGAACUGUGAGAUGUUAGAGAGCAGAAGGUUUCAGUAAGUUUCAGGCAGUUUUGUAUCAGUGUUAAAACAUACUGAAGUUGUUUGUGCUCCUUGGAGACACACUGUGCAUGUAUUUAAUGUAGAUCUGCUUUUGCUGUGGUCUUCCAUGGCUGCAUAUUUAUUCCUAAACUCCAAAGAGUCAUUUUCUGCUUAA